UGCCAAUCGUGGUGGUCUUGCCGAUCUUGUGGCCGAUGCCGAGCUGGAGAAGGCCGCGGGGGGAGUGCUCUCGCCUGGCCAAGCACCUCCACCAGUCUCUGGCAAGAUGUUGCGGGUGGAGGUCCGUGGAUUGCUUCAUGAUUGGUUCGAUGUUGCAGACAUGGGUGACUUCAUACGCUCUCCGCAGUUUGCCGGGACCUUGCGUGAAAACGUCGCCAGAUACUUUGGCGUCCCAAUUGAGCGUCAGGCAAUAUAUGAUGAGGAUGGCUUGCUGACCAGCUGUGCGGACUACAGUCGGGCCUUGCAGCGGUUUUACCCCAAGCUCUUCAUUUACGACCUCGAGGAGAUGGGUCCUGAUCUUCGGGCACGAGCAGUUGAAGAGCUGCGUCAGCUUGAUGCUGAUGUCGAGCAGCACGUAUCUGAGAACGAGAAAUCCGAAGCUCACGGCGGAACGCCUGCAUUUGCUCCGGGUCCAAGUGGUCCAAGUGGUCCAAGUCCUUGCGAAGCCUGCGAAGCCCGUGCCGUCGGCAGUGCUGGCACCGCUGGCACCGGCACCGUCGGCACUGUCGAGCUGGACCGCUUCGACCGCUUCGACCGCUUCGACCGCUUGGACGCUUGCAGAGGCGGCGUCCAGGGCGUCCAGGGCGGAGUUCAAGGCGUCAUGGCCCAAGAGCCCUUUGUGGAGCGUUCAACCCUGCCGGUCAGGAGUGACGCUCCUACAGUUUCUCCAAGGACAGUGGCAUCUCAAGUUCGCCCGCUUACAAGGAAUUCCAUGGAGGUGUUGCAUCGACGAGAAAACAUGGCCUUGACACCGAGGAGUGCGGUGGAUGUAACUCCUCAAUCCUUGACACCAAGGGAGAUGGCUCCACAGGUCUUGACGCCAAGGAGUGCUGUGGAGGUUGUGCCACAGACCUUCAUCCCAAGAGAGUUACCUCAAGCCUUGACACCAAGGAGCAUGCUGGAAAUCACUCCACAGCCCUUGACACCAAGGAUGUUCUCCUCCAACUCUCAGCCCAGGCUAAUUGACGCCGGGAACAUUUCGCCGAGGAUGCCAAUCAACGUGCAGCCAACCAGGCUCGAGCCAGGAAAUCCAAGGAUUGUUGGGACUGUGGGGCCGAGGGCAAGUGCCGCAUCCAUGCACCAAGCAUGGCUUGUGAGUCCCAGUUCGCCUGGGCAAGUGACGCCUGUGCCACCACAGCAUGUGGCUCCCGCUGCGAGUCCUGUGGUGAGUGUCCGGUCACAGACCCCUCCACCAUGCGCACCAUGCGCAGCAUGCGCAGCAUGCGCAGCAUACGCACCAUGUCAAGUGCCAUGUCAAGUGCCAUUGCCGUGUCAAGCGCAUGGCUGCGGUGCGUGUGGCCGCAUCAGGAGAGUCUCGAACCCAUCAACCACCGGUGCCUGUCCUGCCUGUCCUGCCGGCCCGUCCGGCCCGUCUGGUCCAGGUGUUGUGAGUUCCGUCAGCGCAGUAAGCUCGGGUUCUAUGCCUAGACUUCAGCUUGGUCUGGGGGGACUUCCUCCACCCCCCGGGAUCUCGUUGUCUUUAAAGCCUGACUUGCCUCAAUUGAAGCAGUUGGGGAAUCCAAUCCCGCCAGUGUCACCGCGGGUGCUUCAGUUUCCAAAUUGACAUUUAAA